UGGGUUGGCCCCUGCCUAUUACAGCCACAUGUUCCUGGUCUGGCACUCCUUUCUGUGAACCAGUUUCUGCUCUCGGUUUCCAGAGUUCAGCUGAGGACAAGAGGGGAUAGGGCGUUCUCGGUAGCGGGCCCGAGACUAUGGAAUGCCCUUCCCUUAACCACUAGGCUCUCUCUCCCCAUGAGUACAGCACUUUGGUGGCAUGGUUCAUGCGGAGCUGAGGUGGAACAUAUUUUGGGGACUCAUAUUUUUGUAACACCGGAAGUGAUAAGAACGGUCCAUCAGAGGCAUCGGCUAAGAUCAGCAAUGCAGCAAAGGGAAGAAAAGCAGUUGGAAGCCUCUUUGGACACGCUGAUCUCUCUGGUGGCUCACGUUAAAAACGCUCUGCAGAGUUUUAUUGCCAAGUUAGAAAAUGAAUAUGAGCGUUUGACCUGGCCAUCUGUUUUGGAUAACUUUGCACUCCUCUCUGGUCAACUGAAUACCAUCAACAGACUGCUCAAGAAUGAGAAGACGCCAUCUUUUCGCAGCCAGGUUAUUAUUCCGUUGGUCUUAUCUCAAGAAAGAGAUGAUGACUUAGCGAAACUCACAGACAAGCGUGUGCCGGUGUUCAGCCAUGAGAUUGUUCCAGACUACUUGAGGACCAAGCCUGAUCCAGAGGUGGAGGAGCAGGAAAAACAGCUGAGUGCAGAGGCAGCACGGAUAGGUCCUGAUGCAGCACAGAAACAGAUCCAGACUUUGAAUAAGAUGUGCUCCAAUCUGCUGGAGAAGCUAAACAACCCACGGGAAGACCGAGAUGCAGAAAGCGCAGCAUCUCGACAGAACAAAGCCUCUUUCAACCCCAGUGACACCAAUGCAUUAGUUGCAGCUGUUGCAUUUGGAAAAGGACUUUCAAAGUGUAGGCCUCCUGGUCCCGUGGCCCCAGGAAUCCCUGGUCAGGGCCCAAUGAUGAGUGGGGGUCCAACCCUACAGCAGGUCACCAUCGGAGGUGCUGCAGGUCAGCAAGCAGGUAUGGGAGGACCUGUGGCUCCACAGCAGCUAGGACAGCCAGGAAAAAUUCCCAGCAGCAUCAAAACCAACAUUAAAUCUGCAUCUGGUUCGAUACAUCCGUACAACCGAUGAGCUGUCUUCUGCUCACCCAGUCUGUGUUGACGACAUGCCAGAGGUGGCAGCAGUUUUUCUGCUGUAAGGGUUGAACCAGCAUGGACUGCAACAUGAGGACACAGAUAUAUGUUUUGUCUUUUUUUCCACGUCGUCACAGUAAAAGGUUUUCAUUUUUGCGAGUUACUUUUGGGUCUCAU